UUAUUUAUUUAAAAUCAAAAUUCCGCAAAAUAAUUUUCAAAAUAUUAAAAAAAAUACGACAUAUUUUGUAUAAUAUUAAAGGCUGCUAAUAAAAAUAGACACGGAAUUGAAAUGGCGUGGUAUACAUCAAGAAUUGGCGAUAAGGAAAGUGACACCGAGAUACGAAAUUCGGCCCGCAGUUUAUCUUCAUCUAUAAAUGGUGGUAGCUCUCAUUUUAACUUAAGUUCGCGUAGUUACGAUACUUCUAAGAAUAGUGUAAGAUAUGUAAAUUCUGCAGCAUUUAUAGAGAAUAAUGUCCCCCUAACAGAUAUUUCGACUGGGGAUAAUAUCAAAUACACAGCCAUGUCAGAAACUAACAGCGAUAUUGUACCUCCAUUGGAUAUAAAUUCAGAGGAAAAUUAUCCUACCACACGUGAUUACACUUUUUCCUAUCGUAAACAUUGUGAGCCAGCUAAAAUUCCACAUAAGCCUGAUCAGGCAUACGAAACCUGGCUCUCGGCUAAAAGAAAACUCCUUUCUGAUGAAGCAGCUAGACGUAAAAAGGCCGAAGAAUUAAAGCAACAAGAAAUUGAAGAACGUAAACGUUUAGCAAAGGAAAAAUAUGAAAAAUGGUUAGAGAAAAAAUCACAAUCUUCCAUAGGACAACAGUCUAUGACCAACAUAACGGUAAAAACUGUUCCAAGUUUAGAAAUUCGAGCACGACCCCAGCUCACUGCCGAAGAGGCUCAUGCUCGUUUGGAAGAAUGGGAAAGGGCAAAACGUUUAGAAGAUGAACGUCGUCGCUUGCUAAAACGACAAGAGGAACAACAUCAGCGUAAGCUGGAACAGGAACGGCGUCAAAUGGCUGACGAGGCUUGGGAAAAAUGGAUAGCUAGUGCUGAUAAAAAACCUAAACCUGUUCCCUUAAAUCGUGGUAUAUUCACACUUCGUGGCACAGUAUCGGAUAUUUUUGUGAAUCCCAACGAAUGGAAAACGAUAGUACCAACAAGCAAUGAAAAUAAGCAAUAGUUUUUUAAAUAUUGUACAAAAUCUUUAUUAAACUGGAAUUAAAUAAACUAUCUUUCCAACGAAGUAUUAUUGUA